AUGUGUAUCGUUGCAGGUGCGGGUCGCGGCGCCAUGGGCGCGCUAACCUGGCCCUUGCUCUUUGCUUCACUGCUUACUGCAUGUUGGGGCGAGCUGUCAAUGCUGGGUCCGUCGUUGGUGGUCGAACCGGACGCGCGCGUUCAAUACGCAGCGGCACGAGGGGUGAGCGUGCGCUGCGCCGCGCGCGGUCAUCCGCCGCCUACCGUCACUUGGCUCGCUGAUGAUGGCACCACGCUUCGGGAUAUACCAUCCGUUAAACGUAUACAUAGCAACGGUACUCUGGAGAUGUUGCCGACGUCGGGCGGGUACCAAGUCUCUGAGGCGACGGUGCGGUGCCGCGCCGUUAACGCACACGGCGUGGCGCUCUCCAGAGAUGUCUCACUGCAACCAGUGGUAGACAACGGGUGGGACGUAGUGGUGAGCGCACCCACGGCGGUGUUAGGCGGUGUGGGGGCUGUCACGUGCGCCGCUACGAGCCAAGCCGCGCUCGUGCGGCCCGCGCUGUGGUACCGGGCAGACACCGUGCUGCACAUCGAUGCGCCCAAUCCAAGUAUUUACGACGUCUCCGCCUUUAUAAAAUUCUUCACUGUUAUAAACACAUUCAACAUAGGAUCUAAAAAUUCCCGACACAUUGUAGCAGGCAACACGCUGCUGAUCCGAGAUGUAGCAGCGAGUGACGCAGUCGCGUACAGCUGCCUCGCGCGUCACGCGCUUACCGCCACGACAAAGCGAGCCCGACCUGCACACCUUACUGUGACUCCUACCUCUGCAAACUCAGCGCCACGCUUGGUGUCGCCGGGCGCCGAGCUGCGCCUGCCCGCGGGGCACGACGUGUGCCUGCCCUGUGUCGCUACUGACCUUAAGCAGCCGCAUUAUACGUGGUACCGCGAAUUGAACGGUCGCCUGGAGCCAGUGGGGUCGGAGUCCCCAGCGAGCUGGUCGUGGGCGGGCGGCGCAGCGCAGUGCCUUCGCCGUGUGACAGGCGCCUCCACGGGCCUGUGGAUCUGCAAGGCGUACAAUGUGUACGGUGACGCCACCGCGCACAUAACCCUUAACGUUCAGGAUGCUCUCACCGUCACCGUCGAACCCACCGUGCUCGUGGCGGACACGGGCAGUACGGCGCGUUUCACGUGCAGUUCUUCGGACAGCGGAGCGGCGCUGUCGUGGCUGCACAACGGCGCGCCCGUGGCCGCCGGCGCCGAGCUCUCGCUGCGGGGAGUCGCGCGCUCGCACCGCGGCGUCUACCAGUGCGUCGCACGCCGAGGAACUGACUCUUCGCAAGCCGCCGCUGAACUUAGGCUCGGAGGGGAUAAACCGGUGCCGGAGAUUGCUUGUGACGCAGUUUUCCACACAGUUGUUGACGAGGCUCAUACUCGUACUGACUUUGAUUGGACGCAUUACGAAGAGUGUCCUAUUGUCUUAUCUUCUGUAAUGGGGAGUAAAGAAUUUCAUAUUUCAGGUGUCGUGUUAGUUAGAUUUGACGGCAAUGUAAAUUUGUUAGACUCAGCACCGGAGCUGCACUACACGUUCAUCGAGCAGGCGCUGCGUCCUGGCGGCAGCGUGUCGCUGCGCUGCGCCGCGUCCGCUUCUCCACCACCGCGUUUUUCCUGGCUACUCGAUGAUCAACCACUAGAUCAGUACUUUAUAAGUUCGGAGACAUCGUUAACCGGUGAUGUGGUGUCGGUCCUUAACAUGAGCGCGGUGACCCCAGGGGACGGCGGCCGCUACACCUGUCGCGCACACAACGAGCGCGGUCACGCGCAGCACUCCGCGCGACUUAACAUAUACGGCCCGCCAUCGAUCCGGGCGCUGGGCCCGGUGCGGGUGGUUGCCGGUGCCAAUGCCACCAUUUACUGCCCCUACGCUGGAUAUCCGAUCAGCUCGAUAUCGUGGUGGCGGCGCGGGGCGAGCGUGGCGGUGGGCGGGGCGGGGCGCGUGAGCGCGCGCGGCUCCGAGCUGCGCCUCGCGCCCGCGCUGCCCGCUGACGCUGGACACUACGCGUGCGCGGUGGCCGCGCCUCAGGGCCCCGCGGCCAGGCGGGACAUCGACAUACAAGUGCGAAAUCCACCAAAAAUAUCUCCCUUUAUGUUCUCGUCGGAGCUGACGGAGGGCAGUUCCGUUCAAGUUCUAUGCGGAGUGUCUUCCGGAGACAAGCCUAUGUACUUCUCCUGGCUGAAGGAUGAAGCACCACUACCGGCUAAUCUUCAGGUGUUCAAUAAAGAUAAUGAAAUCCGCUGUGUACUGUAG